AUGACGGUCUCUCCACAGGUCAUACCAGACACCGAUGACCUUGAUCUGUAUGAGCAGGGUGUUAUCCUUUCUUCUUCCUGCUUGGAAAGAAAUCUACCGGACAUGUUUCAACUGUGGAGUGACACAUUUAACAGUCCCCAUUUCAAUGACGAGGAGCGUCUUCGUGUGCUGGUUAUGAUGUCAGCUCAGGAACUGGCCAAUGGGAUCUCAUUCUCCGGUCACUCUUAUGCGAUGACACGAGCUGCUCGAUCCCUCACACCAACAGCUGACCUGCAGGAGACCUUCAGUGGGAUGGACCAGGUCAAAUUUAUGAAAAGGAUAGCUGAGAUGGCAGAUCUGACAUCAGUUUUGAGGAAACUUCCAAGGAUAAAGAGACACCUGCUCAAUCCAGAAAACAUGAGGUGUGCAGUGAAUGCCACACCGCUUAAAAUGGCUGAUGUUCAAGGUGAAAUGGAGAGGUUUAUCCAAAAUAUAGCAGCCAAUAGAAAGGAGCGCAAACCUGUCAGACAAAACAUUGUUGAGAAGUCCUUGGAUGCUCUUACUGAAUCAGCUGCGAGUCGUAAACUCAUCUCAGAACCUCAUUUUAAACCCUGUCAGAUGAAGACUUACUUUCAGCUUCCCUUUCCAGUGAACUUUGUCAGCGAGUGCGUACGCACCGUCCCAUUUACACACGCCGAUUUCCCCAGUCUGUGUAUUUUAGCAAGGAUGAUGACUGCUAAGUACUUACAUGGAGAGAUCCGAGAAAAGGGCGGAGCGUAUGGAGGCGGGGUCAGAUUGGGAGCAGGUGGUCUGUUCUCCUUUUAUUCCUAUAGAGAUCCGAACUCCACGCAGACGCUGUCGGCUUUCCGAGGCGGAGUCGAGUGGGCACGAGAGGGGAAGUUUACGCAGCAAGACGUCGACGAGGCAAAGCUCUCCGUUUUUUCGGCUGUUGAUGCGCCUAUAGCACCCUCAGAUAAAGGUUUGGGACGAUUUUUAAAUGGCGUUACAGAUGAGAUGAAACAAACCUAUAGGGAAAGACUCUUCGCUGUGACGGAUAAAAACUUAAUUGAUGUUGCUGGCAGGUAUCUAGCAAUUGGCCAGCAGACGCAUGGAGUGACGAUUUUAGGACCAGAAAAUGAAAGCAUCAAAAAAGACCCAUCCUGGGUGGUCAAAUAGGUGAUGUUCAUCAAUCUCUGUUAUUAGAGAAACAUGCACAUGCUUCAUCACGCACAAGUCAUGCUUGUACUCUUUUACAAGAGUCUUUAGACGCACAUUCAUGUCGAUUUCAGACAUCAUGAUGAACAACGGCUCGAUUCUUUCAGGUGAUGAAACUGCCCAACUUAGAGCAUCAUUUAUCAGAACAGAUGAAUAUUACAUCAUCUUACAUUUACAUUAACACAUUGGCAGAAAAGUUUGCAAAUAUGUUGUGUAAUGAAAGAUUAUUUAUGAGAUGUAUUUAAUAAAUAUUAUUCAUUAGAAUGAUUUUGUUUCACUUUCAAACGAUUUUAGAAAAAUUGGAAAUCUUAGAAAAAAAAAUUAAGCGUUAUGACAUCAAAUGUGCAUUUUAUUAUAUUUUAACAUGUAUAAGUAUGUUAUCUAAUAAAUAAGUCACAUAAUUACAAUCUAAGUAUGCAUCAUUGGUUACACACACAAUGAAUUUUAGGACAAACAUGUACACUAACACAACAUCUGCUUUGGUACAAACAGCUUUCAUAAACACACAGGACAAGAACUAGAUAGCUGUGUAACUAUGACACAUUAGUGCAAGUCAGCAGGAUGAUGAUGAUGAUUCUCUAUAGCUUUAUAUUU